UUCCCACAAUUAGUUAAUCCGGACAUUGCUUGACAGAGAACUUUGCCGAGGUUGCUGGUUGACACUGUAUCAAAUAACCAUGUGACUGAUGUAUUUCUUUAUUUACAUAAUCUUAUUCCAUCCGUCACUCUUUAAGAUUCAGAUAUGAGCAAGUAUGCCUGACUCAUUAUUGAAACUUAUGAACGUGAACAACGUAUUUUUAGAACAUACGCAAAUUGAGAAACACAUAUUUUCAGUAAACACCUGGGAUGAUCUCAACAUGUAUGUUCACAAGAUUGGGCUAAAACUGGUGAUUGGUCUCAACCUGAUGCUCCGCGAUGGAACUAAGUGGAACCCAUCAAAUGCUAAGCAGUUGCUCAAGUAUUCCUCUGACAAAGGAUACACUUUUGCAGGGAUUGAACUGGGAAAUGAACCAAACUUGUACUAUCGUCACUGGAAUACUACUGUCAGUGAUGUUCAGCUGGGAAGCGACUACAAGGAACUAAAACAAGUCCUUCAAGGAACGGCCUAUAAGGACAGUCUCAUCCUUGGACCUGACAUAGCCGGUUAUAAAGACAAGUACAUUAAAACCUUCCUGUCCCAUGGUGGAGCCAGUGUCAUAGACGUAUUGACCAUCAAUCAUUACUACUUUGAUGGACACACCGCCAAACUGAAAGACUUUUCUAACUAUUCUAUAAUGGAUCAUCUUAUACCUGAACUACAGACAGUGAUGAGUACGAUCCGAAGCUAUAAUGGUCUGGUGGCGUGGUUAGGAGAGACAUCGUCCGGCUAUGGGGGUGGCACACCUGGCAUAGGCAACAGAUAUGUGGCUGGCAAUCUGUGGCUUGAUAAACUUGGUGUAUCAGCAAAAUACGGCUUAAAAAGAGUCCUUCGCCAGUCACUCUUCGGAGGGCAUUAUUCACUUAUUGACAAUAACAACGACCCUACCCCCGACUACUGGUUGACGCUUCUUUACAAGAGACUUGUUGGCAACAAGGUAUUUGAUGUUCCAUCUUCAUCUAACAACCUCCGUCUGUAUGCCCACUGCACGAACCUUAACAACGUGUACAACUACAUGCCUGGCAGUAUAACAGUGUAUGCCCUUAACCUAAAUAGUGACCCCGUAAUCCUUACCAUAUCGGAUCUCAACAUCAAAAGCGUGGACAUAUUCUGGCUGACUCCAGAGGGAGGAGAUUUGAAAUCACAAAAAGUACAGCUCAAUGGCAAGACACUGGAACUUGUCCACAACCACAUACCACACAUGACACCAAAAACUUUGGGAACUGGGACAAUGAGAGCACCUGGAUUUGGGUUCAUCGUUAUUCCCGACGCCAACAUAGCGGCAUGCCGCCCACAAAGCCAUGGUCCCAUUAUCGGAUAAUUGAACCAGCAUUCUG